AUGGCUAAGUACAACCAGGUGUCACCCUCUGAGUUGUCGAAGCUGCACACCCUUAUCCGCACGUACCAGUGGAAGGGCGAUGCAUGCAAUCUCGAGCCAAACCUCGGGUACAUGAUCGGCAAGUUCGAGCAGCUGAAGCCCCUCGAGGCUCAGCGCGCCAAGAUGGACGAACAGCACGAGAAGCUCGUGUAUGGCUUGGACGAAACCGACAAAGUAGCCGCCGUCAAGGCCAUCAUGCCCAAACAGGCAUACCAACAACCCCUGGCCUUCCUCAAUCUGCAACCAGAAGACGAGGCGAACAAGAACUUCGCUGCGUUUCAGCAGUUGCUGCGCAACCACUGUGACCAGAACCUGCUAAGGUCUGCACAGAAUGCGAACACGAGCAGCUCAGCUGCCGGCGCACAGAACGACAUAGUCAUGACCAACAAUGGCGAGUCUGUAAUGCCCCCCGUCGCUCACUCUGCAAUGACCCGCGAUGAGGUGAUGACCAACAGCAACUCCACCAAAUGCGACAUAUGUGGCAUGUCGAAUCACUCGACUGGGGAAUGCUGGCACCUGGGCAUAGGUCGGGAUGCUGUACGUGCCAACAGAGCCCACAGAGGCCGUGGCAGAGGCGGUCACGGGUCAUCCAGAGGGCGGGGCGGACAGAACGGCAACGGCCGUGGCCAUGGUGGUGGACCUAAGAAGGGAAACAACCAGACCAUCGGCAAGAAAAACAACAAGGUGAGUGCCAAAGGCACCACUGGAACAGACAGAGAUGUGCAUCGCACCCACCAAAUGAGUGAGGAUAGCGAGAAGCGAGCAAGAGCAGCACACAGCGCUGAUGGGAAUGGGUUCGAUAGGCCUGAUCAGCCUAACGUGGCUCAGGACAUCAGAAUGCCCACAGCUGUAGCUAGGAUUCCCUCAGUUGUGCAGUCCAAUGUCGCAGCUGAUGCUCACGCUGACGCUGUCGAUGCUCUUCAUAUGCAUGAUGAGGCACUGCUUGACUCAGGCUGCAGCUGGCACGUCUUCACUUCUCCUAAUUUCUUUGUGCACCUCAGGCCGCUCCCACCACCAACCAGCCAACUCAAGGUGGCCAACGGGGCAAAGGUGGCUAUAGAGGGCGAGGGCGAGGUGGCCCUUAG